AUGUGGAAUCUCCUCCGGCAGGACCUUGGAUUGCAGUGUACCUGCCCUGAAAUCCCGACCUGGACAAACACCACAGGUGCUGCGUCCAGGAUCGACUUCAUAUGUUAUAGGACGCCUCGGCCGGACACGUUCUAUGACAGAGUCAUCUGGGACUCAGAUCAGCUCUUGGGCACUGACCAUAGGGCAGUAGCGGCAGCCUUUCGUUCGAUUGAACCAGUAUGCCGGGUGAGACAGAGGCCCCAACAUAGGUGCGGGAAAUGGCGAGUCAACAAUGCCCAAGCCCUUGAGGAGCUUGGGAAGAUUGACCCUGCCACCUUUGAUGCGCAGGAUGACCUCUCGCGGGUUGCAAGGCAAGUGACCUUUCGGGGGUCCAGCUGUAGGUACCGAGACUCGAAGGAGUUGAGGGACCUAAUCCAACAGCGGAAACGGGCUACAGGCAGCGAGGCUAGACGACUGGCUCAUGAAAUUGUGCAACGACGUGCUGCCGACAGGAGACAGUGGAUGGAGGACAUCCUUGCGAGAAGUGCUAAUGGGGAUUUUGCAGCCAUCAGUUUCCUCAAAAAGAAGAUGUCUGUCAAAGCUAGCCAUGGGGCUUAUGUUCAGCGAGCGGGAGGUGAAGAGCAGGCCAUCAAGGACCUACGUACUUUCUAUGCACGAAAAUACACACCGAAGGAUCCUGUGGUUCCUGGCCUCCCCCAGGCCAUGUACCUUCAACGAGCAGGACCCCUCCAGGACGCGAAGCCCUUGGAACUGGAGGAAAUUCAGAUCUUGCUUGCAGGGUGUAAGCACGGUAAAAGUACGGGAAGAGAUGGCAUUCCCUAUGAACUCCUGCAGGUCCUGCUCCAAACACCCCUACAAUGCGAAUUUGUUCGGUACCUCGAUGAUGUCCUGCACCAACGACGGCCUAUCCCUCUGGAGUGGACCACUGGACAGAUCACCCUAAUCCCGAAAAUUCCUGAACCACGUAACCCGAAGGAUUUGCGACCGAUCUGCUUGUCAGCAUGUGUGGGGAAACUCUUCACGAAGCUGCUGUGGACCAGGAUUCGCGCCCAUGCUAAGCCACCCCGAGCCUUCCAGCUGUCAGGCAUAAGUGGAUCCCAAUGCAUCGAUGGGGCGGCCGCGGUCCAGCAUGCCUUAAGGCUUAGCCAAGAGUGGGGCAAGCCACUGAUUGCCCUGAAGGUAGACAUCUCUCAGGCUUUCGACACACUUAGGCAUGAAGCAGUGGCUGCGUGGCUCGCGACACUAGGGGGUAGCGUAGAGUCCCUCGUCCUUCUCCGUAUGAUCACUGACACGACAGUGAAUUUGCACUUUGGUCAGAUGGAAUGGGAACAAAAGCUCCACCAGGGCCUCUUGCAGGGAAGCCCGUAUAGUGCCGAACUCUUCAGUCGUGUGUUAGAUUGGCACGUAGGGUUUCUGUACCAGACGUGGCAGGACACGGAGGAUACUUGGCUUGUAACGGAGGGCUUCAAACUCUUCUGCGUCAUGUAUGCUGAUGAUCUUGUCCUACUGGCAGAAAACCAUGACCAGAUGCAGAGGAUGGUAACGCAACUGCAGACCUUGCUAGCCACCAUAGGACUUUCCAUAGCUGUGGAAAAAUGCAAAUACCUUCAGUCGCCUGACCUACCUGAGCGUGAUGUCACAGUCUCCUCGAAGGUGAUCCCCUGUGUCAGCACUUUUGUUUUCUUAGGAGUGUUGAUGGGGUUUGGAGUGCAAUGCUCGGAUGUGAUUGCACACAGGCUUGCGGGCGCCUCGAACGCCUUUCAUGGCUACUAUAGUAUCCUAACGAGGGCUGUUUCCUCAGUUCGGAAGAGACUCCAGCUCCUAAACACAUUCGUAACCUCUAAGUGGAGAUGGAUGGCUCCCUGCGUUCGGCCAGUCCAAGCAGUCAAGGAUGUUUUGGAUAAGCUUCACACGACAAUGCUGUCCUCUAUCUGUCGGCUACGAGAAGACGUCUUUAUUGGGGCCGUGGGCAACUGGGUUGCGAAGCGGCGAGCUUCCCGAAUGAUAGCCCAGCUGUGCAUGCACGCUAAGUGGUCUGGAAUCCAGGCACAGGCCUUCUUUAAGUACUGGGGGCAUGUAGCACGAAGGGACCUCACUUCCCCCACGUACCUUGUCUUGCAAGUCUAUUCCACCAAAUGGCAGUGGGUGGACGUCCACGGACAUAGGAGAACGCUAGGCUUCUGGCCGAACUCCGAGAGACUGCUACAGCUUGCUUGGCAACAACAUCGUAAACCACACCAACAUAGGGACUGGCAGACCCAUGCCCAGGACAGGCAGGCCUGGGUUGAGUUCACUGAGGAAUGGCUGCAGGCCAAAGGCCUGAAACCUUCGGUGUACUACUUGGAUCUGCAUGGUGUCGACCUGUGUGGACGCAUGCUCUUGCAAACAGGAGACUCCUUCCGACUCCUCCCAAUGAGACAUGUACCGGUUGAACCUCCGUAUCCCUCGAGCCUUCAGAUCCUCCAAGAAGAAGAGGUUGGAGAGGGACUUGAGAGAGACAGCGUGCACACCAUUCGGUUUGUGACAGAUGGGAGCUGUACGGGAGGGAGGGGGGGCUGGGCUGUAGUGGUUGCGACUCCGUAUGUUCCGGCAGGACAAGCCAGUGUGUGUUAUGGGAAAGUGCCAGGCAAGUCGACUAACAUACGAGCCGAAAUCACAGCCAUAGGUCACGCCCUUAAACUCAUCAAGGAGCUCCGUGGGGCUGGGAUCCUGACGCCAGUGCAACUCUGGACGGACUCCCUCUUUGCCAUUCAUAUCCUGCAGGACGUUUACUCCACAGCCCUUAAUGCCUCGGAGGUUGCAGCAGCCCAGCAACUAUGGCUGGAAGUAGGGGGGUCGGUUCACCUUCAACAUGUACCGGCACACAAAGGCAUUGCCCUUAAUGAAAUUGCUGACAAGUUUGCAAAGCUUGGCGCGGGGCUUAGUCACUUCCAACGAGUGUUUCAGACCCAGGACUUCCGCAAAGCGUAUGUUUGUCGUGAUAACAUUCCGGAUCUUCGUGCCGACCGUCUUGCGGUGCUUGAUGUUGCUGGAUGGACGGAAGCCAGGACUGCGUGGCUUGUGGCCAGUACCUCUACGAUCGCCCUCGUGGUCAUGAUGCUCUUCACGUGUGGACCGACGACCUUUCGGGGAUUGUGCAAACUGGCUGCCAAAUGCAGACGAUGCUCCUUCUCCCUCCUCAGCAGAGGCGCUAACUGCCUGGGAUGUUGCUGCAGAAGGCCCGUCAAGGCUCCCAACACCACAGCUGCGCAGGGUGCCCCUGGGCCAGCAAAGGACCUCACAAGCAUCGUGGACAAGGUGGAGGCACUCUUCUCCUUCAUACAAAACCUGUGGACGGAGCUCAAGGAGCAUCAUCACAAGGACAACAAGGGCCUCGCUGACAUGAUGAAAGCGCAUGUUCAUGCCCUGCCGACCCUGGACGAUAUUGCAAAAGGGGUCCAACAAAACCUGGCAACGCUGGGUACUGUCGGACCGCUUAGGCUGUAUCUGGAUAAGAUGCACAACGCCCUCUCGCAAGAAGCCAAGGAGAACCAUGGUCACGUUGACCAAGGGAUCAAAAACGCUGUCAGCCUCCUUCGAUCGGCAAAGCAAGCGAGGGAAAGUCUGCAGCAAGUGGUGGAUGCCAUGAAAGGAGUGUGCGAUGAGACCAGAGGACAGCUGGAAGGUUUGGUCCAGAAGUUUGAUGCCCACCUGGCCACCAUGAGUGAGUUUGCCCAAAAGCUGGAUGGUCAUUCUCAUGUACUCCGCAAGCUGGAGGGCUACAUGGGACACUUCAGCAAUGAGCAGGAAGUCCACACUCAGACCCUCGAGAAGCUGGAAGCCAUCAUGCAACGACUGGAGGAAACCACCCGCGUCAAUCAGACGAAGUUCAGUACUGUCCUUGAACAGGUCACUGACAUACAGGAGCGACUCCCCCCACGCUCACCGUACCGACAUCCGCCUCUGCCAGAUGGCAGCACAGCGUGGGGCUCAAUUGGUGCGGUUGGGCCAGUGGGUGCACCGGCCGUAAGGCCAAUUCAGUUGGCCCCGGCACUCCAAAGCCAGACACCGGGACGUGGAGGAGAGAUCCGUAUCGUCCUUGAGUCGGCGGGAGGGAGCAGCUGA